GGGGCGUGGCCUGCUGCUGGUGGCUGUGCUAUGGCGGUUCGGGUUUAGUUCACCGCGGAAGUGCAGAGCUGCGGUUUUCUCAACGGGGUGCACCUUUGUGUAGUCGGGCUGCUCUCUCAGAGCUACACCCUCAUACAGGUCCAGCAGUAUCCAUUGUGUUUUUGGAAGCGCGAAAAAAACGGAUCUUUUUUUUUUUUCCUUUGCAGCGGUCGGGAUUUAGGUGGGCGCGCCCGAGAGAGAGAGAGAGAGAGAGAGAGAGACGCGCAGGAGGGAUGCGGACACUGAGUACUUGUCGCUGUUCAGCGGCGUGGCCGCGCAUUGUGUGACCGCGCAACAAUGUGCAUGGAGAACGGAUUUGUAAAACCGAGGUGCUCAGGUGCAUGGACUGAUAUGGACUCAUAGGAUUUCUAGCGUUUGCAGUGUCUGUGCACAAUGCACACAACGUGUUGAUUUAGGAAGCAUCAGCACCUUAAAGUGACACUUGACCAUGUGGGGUUGUUUUAUAACAAACAUUUUUCUCUUUGCAAGCCUUGUGGCUAUGGCAGUUGGGGACGAUGUGCACAGCAGGGCAUCCGGUGCCAUGCGGUCUCCGAGGAGACAAGCUACAGGUCCAGCCCAGUGGAUCCCUUCACAAGAUGCCAGGACGCCCUUAUUAAUAAACAAGCGGAAUAGUACAUUUUUCAGACAAGGAUGCAAAACUGAACUGUCCCGAUGUCACUUUUUGUCACACAGGAUGGACAGGACCACCCACGGUGACCGGGCGGCUUAUUGGCGUGACUACAAGAUAUGGAGAAAGUUUGCAGAACGGGAACGAAACCACAGACACAGACGAGGUGCGAAGGAACACCACAAAAACCCGUCAUGGGAUGUGCAUAAAAAAACAAGCAGACAUACUAAGAUGUCCCCAGAUUUGCCUUUAACCUGGUGGGAACCGUUGCCCAAACCUUUGGCGCUCGCCUCCACUGAUUCUCCAUUCGAUGCAACCAAACAUGAGGAGUUUUACACCCGGCGCAUUGCCCCUGAUAACCCUUGGGACGCAACCCCUAUGACCCCGAUAUACCCCGAAGAUGAGGAAAACGAGUAUUACCCCAACCCCUUCUACCCGGUCACAGACGAGACGUACACGGCCUACGCCAUCACGUGUUUCUCCGCGCUCAUUUUCGUGAUCGGGAUCGUUGGCAACGUGGCCGUCAUGUGCAUCGUGUGCCAUAACUAUUACAUGAGGAGCAUCUCCAACGCCCUUUUAGCCAACCUGGCCGUUUGGGAUCUGGCUGUCUUGUUGCUCUGCUUGCCCCUUGUGGUGUUCCACGAGCUGACUAAAACCUAUCUACUGGGCCACUUCACCUGUAAAGUUAUCCCCUACAUUGAGGUAGCCUCUCUGGGCGUGACCACCUUCACCAUUUGCGCCCUGUGCAUCGAUCGAUUCCGGGCCGCCACCAAUGUGCAAAUGUACUACGAGACCAUCGAGACGUGUGCGUCCGCUGCUGCUAAGCUCGCCGUGAUCUGGGUCGGCGCGUUACUCUUAGCGUUGCCCGAACUCCUCAUCCGGCAGCUGGUGAAGGAUUCGGACACAGAGGAUGCUGAGCGGUGCCUGGAACGCAUCUCCACCAUGAUGCCUGAGACUCUUUAUACGCUAGGCCUGGCCUAUGAGAGUGCCAGGCUCUGGUGGUGCUUUGGGUGCUAUUUCUGCCUGCCCGCUCUGUUUACGAUAGGCAGUUCAUUAGCCACGGCGCGCCGCAUGCGCCAGGCUGAGCGCGGGUGCCCACGGGGCAACAAGAAGCAGAUGCGUCUAGAGAGCCGCAUGAACUGUGUGGUGGUGGCACUGGCUGUUGUCUACGCUGCCUGCGCGGUGCCUGACAAUGUCGCAAACAUGGUUUCAGCCUAUAUAGGGCACUUGGAAGUUGUGAGUGUCCUUCGCACGCUCGGGCAGCUUUUGCUGUUCCUGCGUGCCGCGAUAACGCCCGUGUUGCUGCUUUGUCUUUGCCCACCGUUUGGCCACGCGUUCCUUGAGUGCUGUUGCUGUUGCGCGAGAAUGUUUGGCGUGGCGGCCUCCUCCGCCGUGGGCAGUGACGAUAAUGAGCACGAAUGCACCACAGAGCUGGAACUGUCGCCCUUCAGCACCAUCCGUAGGGAGAUGUCCAACUACACGGCGACGGGGUCCCACUCCUGAGCGAUGCCACUGCCGGCGUAUAAAGUGGUAUCAAAAAGUUUUAAGACUAGUUCUUUUAACAAUAAAGUACUUCAUUUAUCUACAAUUACACACUAUUACCUUCAAAGUAGUCCCCUUGCACACCUCCCAGCAUUCCUGCCACUUCUGGAAUGUGUCCUGAAAGUGUUCUAUUAGAAGCGUGUCAAGCAGCUUCACAAAGAUUCUCACGGGAGCUCCGCAACAGUGUCAGAACUGCGACGUUUGAGCUGGAUCUUCGUUUUCAGGAAGUCUGCAGGAGCCAAAUCUUGCGAGUAGAGUGGGUGCAGAAGUGAGAUCAUGUUGUUUCCGGCGUAAACUCACGUGUGAGGAGAGCUCAGUGACUGGGUGCACACGUGGCCAAAAUAGCACCAGUUGCUCAGCUCACGUACACAGGACGAUGACUUAUUAGGCACACUGUCUUAUUAGGGUUGGUGCUCCCUGUGACUGUGCGUUCAGCCAUGUGCUGCCAUCUGGCGUGUUACAAAACUAGUCUUGAAACUUGUUGAUACCAUGUGGUCAGUGUCAGUGCCAACAAUACGACCCAGUGUGCUGCACAAGGACACGCUUUCUGACUUCUGUAAAUACUCUGACCCCUGUCUGAUAAAGUAACAUGCAAAACGUAAUUUUUUUUUCCCGAAAUAUUCUUUGUAUUUUUCCGUGUUUUUUCAAAUCUAGUGACUCUUUACACCAUUUUUUGCACUGCCAGCUGCUUUAGCUUUAUUUAUAUGUCUCUGCAUCUUACUGCUAGUAACAUUCCUACUUUAUGAUAUCUGUAUAUGACAGUAUGUUCCCUUGCCUAGACCUUAACUUUUAAUGAAGGUGAUUGUGUAAAUCUGUCUUGAAUUGCUUGAAGCAGUACACCGGAACACCUGAAGAAAAAAAAACUGUGUGGUUGUGUGUGUGAUAGCAGAAAAGAAUAGUAGAUCUCAACACUACGCUCUGUGUGCUUAAUGGUUUGUAAGUCCAUUUUUCUAUAACCGGAAGAAAUUCUCUUUAAUAAACUCAAGUGUUUGCCGGGGAAA